CGCCAACCAUGGCUCUUCAUCUUCACCGCCUGCCCCUCCUCCUCCUACUCGUGCUCACCACCCUCCUAUCCACCGCCUCCGCCACCCACUCGCCGGAGAGCACCACCGCGUGCAGCCACCACCGUUCCCCGACGGGCACCCCCACAGCCCACUUCCACCCCGUCCAUGGCGCGGCUCCUUCCAUGCAUCAAAACGAUCUCGAAACCUUGAGCCAGCCUGUGCUCGCCGUGGACUCCGCCGACGCCGACGCGCAUACAAUGGAGGCGGAGUUGCGGGCGUCGGCCCCUCCUGCUCUGCUCGUGCCACCCCAAGCCGCGGCGCCCUCACCGCCUCCCACGCCCGUCGCGCAGCCGGAUCUGGCGGCCUACCGUUCCGGUGCAACGCCGCCGCCGCGAGAGGGGUUAGCGACUGCUACGGCGACUACGCUACCUAACCAGAGUACGACAGCGAGGCCACCGCCUCCCGUCCAAGCCGGCGGCGCCGCUGGGGAGGUGGUGGUCUCCGACAGCGAGCAGGGGCUGCAUCAGCUCUCGAGGGCGCUUGCUUCGCUAGGGUACCAGGAGAUGGCGGCGGCGGCGGCAGCGCUCCUCGUCAACUCGCCGCCUCUCGCCAAGUGGCCCGGGCCGAUGACAGUCUUCGCCGCUCUCGACGCCUUCCUCCAGGCCUUCUGCCCCAUGUGCUCGCGCCGAGACCUCCUCGUCGACCACAUCGCCAUGGGCUACUACCCCUACUCCGAGCUCACGGUCGCUGCCAUGGUGAAGAUCCCCUCCGCCUCCGUCGACUUGUGCAUCAAGAUCGUUUUGGAAAGGGGCCCCUUCGCCACCGGCCACGCCAGGAUCUACGCGGACGACGUGGAGGUAUCGCACCCCGACCUCUACAACGACGGCCGCUACGUCGUCCAUGGGCUGGUCGGCUUCCUGCGCCCGCUCACGCACUCCUGCUUCCACGGCCCGCACCAUCGCCGCUCCCUUGCGGGGCGAUCUUCUGGUGGCACGCUGGUGCGCGAGGCUAUCGCCCGCCUACGCCGACGAGGCUUCGGCGUUGUGGCGAUCGCCCUCCGCCUCCAGUUCACAGAGCUUCAGAGGUUCGCGAAUCUUACGGUCUUCGCACUCAACGACCAGGCCAUUUUCGCCAGGGGAGGCCACGACUACGUCUCAGCGGUGCGCUUCCACAUUGUGCUCAAACAUCGUCUCACCCACGCCGAUCUACGUCGUCUCCGCCCCGGGACAAUUCUCCACACUCUGGCUGGCGAGGGCCAGAGCCUCAUCAUCACGCACGGUGCCGCCGAGGAUGUCUUCGUCAACUACAUACCCAUCAAGGAAGCAGACGUGGUGAUCAACUCUCGCAUUGCCGUGCAUGGCGUCCAGGAACCUUUGCCGCACCUCGACGGAGAGCUGCACAGCGGCGCCGGCGCGGCCGAGCCAAAUCUUAGGAAGGUGCAAAAGAGGUUCACGCUGCAUGCUUCACAGCGACCGGCAGAGCAAGGUUGGGCACGGGACCGCCGAGUGCCAUUGCAUUUGGCUGUUGUUGGGGCUGCGGUGGCGGCCAUGGCAGGUGCUGCCGCAGCGGGUAGCUGGUUUCGGUCGGUGAGAGGCAAGGAUGGCAAACGGAUUUAUCUUGCACAGGCCGCGAUGGAGGCAACAUACAAUGCCAAAUACGGGCGGAGAAACCUCAUUGCCGAGGUCGAGGAGCAGAAUGAGCGAUGUUGUGCAGUAUGCAAGGCAGAAGCCUUUGAUUGGAUCGCCACCUGCUGUAGUGUGAAGUAUUGCAGUUCAUGCCUGGGUGCAGCAUAUGUCAAGGGUCAUAAUGCGCUCUACGCACCAGGAUCAGAUGCAUCUCUGUUCAUCUUCUCCCAGGGUACUAUACAGAUAUACAUGUUGGUGUACGUUGAUGAUAUUGUGAUUGCUGGCUCUACCCCCGCCGUGGUGGAUCGUCUUGUGCAGUCGUUGUCUGCUAGCUUUCCCAUCAAAGAUUUGGGUCGCCUCGAGUACUUUCUUGGUUUGGAAGCGUCCUUUCAUUCAGGGGGCAUGACCUUGACGCAGAAAAAUGUGGUUGGGGCACUUCAGUAUUUGACCCUCACUCGUCCUGAUAUCUCCUUCGCAGUGAACAAAGUGUGUCAGUUCCUGUCUCAGCCAACGGUGGAUCAUUGGGAAGCAGUCAAGCGUAUUCUGAGAUAUGUCAAAGCAUCAGUUAGUGUUAAGCUGCAGGUUCAGUUGCUUGUAGGCUGGAAUAUUGUUCAGUUUGCUGAGUUUUGUUGUCAAGUCAUGCGUUUGUUUAGGCACGGAUGCCCUCAGUUUGGGAACAUGUGA